AUAUACAUUAGCGAAUUACGUAAUUUAGGAAUCUCAUCUACAAAUUUGACUGACUAUUAGUAAAUAACGAAGAUUUAAUACACUCUGAAUACAAGCAGUGUUUAUAUAAUAAAAUCAUGGUUAACGAGAACAUUGAAGAACAAAUUUUAACGUUUCACAGUGAACAAAAGUGGUCGGAUAUUGCUAAUUUAAAUUGCACUUUGACUAAAUUAGAUAAAAGCAGAUUAUUUUGGGUUUUACCAACUAUGAAUGAUUUACAAUGGAUAAAAGAAAUAAUUGAUAAACACGAAGUAGUUUGUCUAGCAAGCAUAGGAUGUGGUUGUGGUUUAUUAGAAUGGUUGUUUGAAAAAUAUUCUGGUUUAAACGUAACCGGUGUAGAAGUAAAUCGCUCAUGGUGGUAUAGUAAAUAUUCACCACCCUUAUUUUUAAAAAAUAUUGUUUUCAUUAGUGAAAAUAACGAAAACAAUUUUUUUUUAUCAGACAAAUAUGCUCUUUUAUUUUGUUAUUUUAAUAACUCAUCGGCAUUUUGUGAUUAUAUCGAAAAUUACAAAGGGAAUCUUAUUUUUGUCAUUGGACCAAAAUCAAACGAAAAUCGUUGGACGGAUCCAAUGCCAUUUGAUGAAAAGUUUAAUGAAUAUGGUUGGAAAUUAAUAGGUGAGAAAGAAAUGGAUCGAACAAAUGAUUAUAUUACAGUAUAUAACAAAUAACUAAAUCUUAUAUAAAAAUAAACUUUUAAAAGACAUGCUGAUGUGAGUACUUAUCAAAAAAGACAGAUGUUUUAUUUUAAAUAGUUUGUAAAAGCUUUUAGGAUAUUUACAUAUAAUAUUUUUAUAAAAUUCAAUAAGUUGGAACAAAUUUAAAAUAUUUUCGAAGAAGAUUAGAACAGAUAAGAAAUAAAUUUGGCGUAUUGCUUUGAAGCUAUCUUCGAUAAGACAAAAUUUAAUUGUUCGAUUAUCGAAAUGUCAUCGAUUAUUUCUGACUAUGAUAUUACUCUAGUCAGACUAGUACAUUUUGUUUCAAGUGUCAACAUUAUUAAUGUCAAAUAGUUGUGUGACUAAUAUUUAUAAAUAUCAAACAUCUAAAAUAUAGAAAUAUGUCUACGAAUAAGGAUAUCAGCACAUUGAAGGA